GCCCUCUUACUUGUCUUUUGUACCACAUCACAUGAUAAAAUCUACAUGUAAAUUUGUAUAACUAACUAUAAAAACAAACACCCUUAUUCAAACAUUGUGCCCCCAAAUACACACAUACUUAUUGAUCUCACCUUGAAACUUGGGUCUUGACCCAUUCCUCCCCACACUUUGUUAUAUAUAGAUAGUAGUAUCUUUUCAUAUUGGGUUUCUUGAUUAAAGAAAUGGGCAAGAAGAUGAUGAGCAUUGGUAAGAUCUUGGACAGUAUUUGUCUAUCAAAUGGUGGUGCAAGUUCUUGUCUUUGUUGCUUAAACAAUUUUGAAAUCCAAGAUGAUUAUGAGUUUGAGAGGGAACCACUUGUCGAUCAAUCUAAAGAUGCAUCAGAUAAACCUCAAACACUUGCCUUUUUUCUAAAGCCAAAGAUGGUGGUGCUAAGGGUGUCCAUGCAUUGCAAUGGUUGUGCAAGGAAGGUCCAAAGACACAUCUCUAAGAUGGAUGGAGUGACAUCCUACCAAGUGGACUUGGAAACCAAGAUGGUGAUUGUAAUGGGAGACAUUGUUCCAUUUGAGGUGUUGGAGAGUGUUUCUAAAGUCAAGAAUGCACAACUUUGGGCCGAACCACCCACCUCCCCAUGAAUAUAUAUUUUUGUAAUUUAAUGUGUUAUCAUGUCGAAAUUCUUAGAUGAUGAUGUUUUUAAUAUUUUGCAUAUGUGAAGAUGUGUGAAAUCCAAAAUAAUGUCAUCGAUAUUAGGUGCA